AGGUAUAAGACACAUGAAGCUAGAAUUUGUUCUGGGACGAAAUCGAAUUUGCAAGGAGACUGUGAUCAGGGCUCGACUCUGUUUGCUCCAGAUGUGAACCUAGCGCGAGGCUAAUUAUCCACCGUGUACUAGCUUGACUUUCUCCAGAAGGAGAAAGAAGAAAGAAGAGGAAGCAGUUCCGCCCUGACAAGCAGCAGUUGGGUGAGGCCAAGUUUGAAGCGAAGAACGAAGCCAAGCAACGACACAACUGCCUUCAAGGAGUCAAACUGGACGGAAAUGCUUUUGCCAACUAUGAUUUGUGUCUUUGCUGGAUAAACAUUUCAGUGAUUUUUUUCUUCUCAGUUUUCAUGAGGUGGUGCAUUUAAAAUCUCGUAAAAAUGAGCAUCAUUUUGAAGUUGCUGUGACUGUGGCGUAGUCGGAUUUUAUUUGAACUUUGAUCGUGCUUUUUAAAAGUUUGCUGCUAGUCGCUUGACAGCCCCCCACCCACGUCGUUCGUCGGGACAAGUUCUUAAAAAAUAAAUAAAUAAAAAAAAAACGCGAUGAGCGGAGACGAAGAAAGAUUCAAACUAGUGGUGGUGGGAGGCGGAGGAGUGGGCAAGAGCGCCCUGACCAUCCAGUUCAUUCAGUCAUACUUUGUGUCAGACUACGACCCGACCAUUGAAGACUCCUACACAAAGAUCUGCACUGUUGAUGGAAAGGAGACCCGUCUGGACAUCUUGGAUACAGCAGGUCAGGAAGAGUUUGGGGCAAUGAGAGAGCAAUACAUGCGCUCAGGAGAAGGCUUCUUGCUCGUGUUUGCGCUCAAUGACCGGGGGAGCUAUCAUGACAUCCAGAAGUUUCACACCCAGAUUCUCAGAGUGAAGGAUCGAGAUGACUUCCCCAUGCUCCUGGUCGGAAACAAGGCAGAUCUGGAGCAGCAAAGAGUGAUAUCGAGGGAGGAUGCUCAGGCAUUUGCCAGAGAAAACAGGAUCCACUACAUGGAGGCUUCAGCUAAGAACCGCUACAAUGUCGAUGAAGCCUUCAUGGAGCUAGUCCGAAUCGUCAGAAAGUUUCAGGAGAUGGAGUGUCCUCCCCCUCCAGCUCAUCAUGCUGGGAAACAGAAGAGUGGUGGCUGCCCUUGCGUCCUCCUCUAAGCACCGUUACUAUGGACACCAAAGCCUCUCCAGCUUGUCCAAAAAGUGUGAGCAUUUGUGUGAGACAGUGGGUUAGAGUGAGGGAGAGGCAGGAUUAAGGUGCCUCAUUUUAUCACUGAAUGGUUUCAUUUGCACUUUUACCAAAAGCAACUUAUAUAUCAAUAUAGUGUAAUUUAGUCUAAAGGAAGAGCUUUGAACAGCAGCAGAAAUAGUUCUGUUGGUGACAUGGGAUAAUAACGAUGUGACUGUGUCUAGUUACGGUUCAUAAAUAAUAAUAUCCUCCCUUAUGGUGGGCUAUAAUUAUGUUGUUGGGUACUGAUGUCAUCAGAGACAUUACCGCAAUCGGUACACUAACUCCUGCCACAAGGGUAUAGUUAGUAUAAAGUAAAGUAAGUCAAUCCAGAUAUAGGUACAGACAGUAAUGGAAAUGGUGAGUGUAGCACACCCACUCAUGAGACUUGCGGUCAUGUUCCAAAGCGUCCUGCAGGGGGUAGCAGAGUACAGCAUCAUCGAAGCGUUGGAACAGAAAGAAAAGUGAGCAAACGUCAAUGCCGCAUUAAAUUCUCUUCAUUUUUUUGCCAUUUGGGGUGCCAAAAAUUUCAGCAAUUGUGACUGCCUCAAACACUGUUAAGGGAGGUUCCGACCAUUUCAAAAUAAUUCUUGACACGGUUCAAAGAAAUUGUUGAUGCAGGGGUGCACUGAAGCACACAUUGGCAGAACUACCAAACUCAUAUUCUGCAUUAAUGUAUUUGAAUAUCUGGGUGAUGGGCAACCAGCAUUUGGGUUGGUUGAAAUUUUCAUGAUUUAUGGUUUUGUCAAGUGUGAUUAAAAAUAUUUUGGUCAUGCAGUUUAUACCUUAAUCAAACCAUUUAAUUCCAUAAAUAUUUGUAAAUGGUUCACAUGAACAUCUUGACCAAACAAGUCGAGUAUUUUGUGUGCUUAUGCUUUAUAUUAUGAAUAAACUGAAGGGUUAGCAUCUAUCACGUGCUCGCCUUCCUAAAGACACAAUGGAGGGAAUUUGGUGUUAUUGCUCUUAUGCUGCAUGAAGCAAUGGAGGAAAAGGCGGGACUGCACUACUGUACUCGCUGCUACCACACUUGUGCUUAUGUUAUGAAACGUAGCCCCUUGUUAAUGUAGACCUCACAAUCCUCUUCCACUUUAUUGUGCCACUGACUGGUCUCAGGAUCUUCCUCUUUAGGACUUUCUUUCUUAUUAUAAUUGCUAACUCACUCAAGUUAUUUUAUUUUACAAACUGAAUUGUCCCCAGAACUCCAUUGAGUUGUUUACAAAGCAAGCAAAGGUGUAAAAUCUAAUCAGUAUCACAAAAACGUUUUGACAAAUAAAUGUUCAUUUAGCAGUG